ACUCUUUGUUUCUCUCUAAAAGCAUAUAGCUUGAGCCAUUAUCCGCCCCCCUUUUUUCGCGCAAAGCUUUUCCAGCAAUCAAGCUUCCACUUAAAAGAUAAAGAGGGACACUCACAGAAGAAUAUUGAGAGAGAGAGAGACAGAAAGAUAUAUUAUUAGGGCAUGUGUGUGUUUCUACUCAUUUCCAUUUCCUUGCUUCUUAUUUAACCCUAUCAUCUCUCUCUUUUCCCAUUCUUCAACCCUUCAUUUUCUUUUCUCUCUCUUUUCCUUCCCCUUUUCUUCCUUUUCUCUUCCUCGGGAUCUGAUCUCUUUCUUCUCUUCUCCCCUACACAAUAAGACAUUCAUCCCCUGGGAUUGCAAACACUUGGCCUUCACUUCAAUUCCCCAGGAACGCUUUCUUGUUUCUUUGUUUUUUUCUGUUCCCUUCCUUUCUUUCUGUGUUCUUUUCUUUUUGUCUGGUUCAGUGCUCUUGUACAAAAGGUGAAUGAGAGCGAGUGAUAAAGCUCUAGCUUAAAGUCUGUUACCUUUAAGCUGAUUGGCGACUUCAUUAUUCCAUCAACCAGGGUGAAUCAGAUCUAAGCAGGAGUUUUCACUUGAGCCUAGGGUCUGCUGCUCUACAAGAUUAUCACGGUUUCUUUUGUUCUUGGAAGAGUAUGAAUACCUUUCCCCAUGUUCCCCCAGGCUUCAGAUUCCAUCCGACGGAUGAGGAACUUGUUGAUUACUAUCUCAGAAAAAAAGUUGCUUCAAAAAGGAUUGAUCUGGAUGUCAUCAAGGAUGUUGAUCUUUAUAAAAUUGAGCCAUGGGAUCUUCAAGAAUUGUGCAAAAUAGGAACUGAAGAGCAGAAUGAAUGGUAUUUCUUUAGCCACAAGGAUAAGAAAUAUCCUACCGGAACUCGCACUAAUAGAGCAACAAAAGCUGGAUUCUGGAAAGCUACAGGAAGAGACAAGGCUAUCUAUUCUAGACAUAGCUUGAUUGGCAUGAGAAAAACCCUAGUGUUUUAUAAAGGAAGAGCUCCAAAUGGACAAAAGUCAGAUUGGAUCAUGCAUGAAUAUCGACUAGAAACAAAUGAAAUUGGAACUCCUCAGGAAGAAGGAUGGGUUGUGUGCAGGGUGUUCAAGAAGCGAAUGCCAACUAUGAGGAAAGUUGGAGAGUAUGACUCGCCUUGUUGGUACGAUGACCAGGUCUCCUUCAUGCCAGAACUUGAUUCGCCAAGGCGAAUUACUCAAACUUACGCAUCAUACCUGCACCAUUAUCCCUGCAAGCAAGAGUUUGAGUUGCAAUAUAAUAUGCCUCAUGACCCAUUCCUCCAGCUUCCUCAACUAGAAAGCCCCAAAGUUCCACAGUCAGCUGCAAGUGCCAAUUGCAACUCAGUAGUUCCUUAUGUUGUUUAUGAUAGGAACAAUGGAAGCACCUUGCAGUCCUCAACUCUUACACAAGAAGAACAAGUGCAACAACAUCAUCAAAAUUUGAACUCACUUUACCAUAACAAUGGUGAGCAAGCUGUGGAUCAAGUGACCGACUGGCGAGUCCUUGACAAAUUUGUUGCAUCUCAGCUCAGCCACGAGGAUGCUUCCAAGGAAGCCAACUACUCAAAUGCUGCGGCCUUUCAUGUGGCUGAACAGAUGAAUAUUCUUGCCAAUGAAUCCAAAAGGCCAGAAAUGGUGCAGGAAUACGCCUCAACGUCAACAUCUAGUUGCCAAAUUGAUCUAUGGAAGUGAUAAAAAACAUACACACACACACACACACACACACACACACAUAUAUAUAGCUACUGGAGGAUGCAUACUAAUUAAUUAUAGGUACUACAGUUUAUAUGAAAAGGAGUCUUGAUGAUCCAAGUGGCUGUACAUAAUAAAACUAAAAUGGUAUUGCUUUAGCUAUUGGACUUAUUGUGUCCAUCGAUCAUAAUAUUUGAUGAGUACUAUAGGCUAUUAAAUAGAGUACAAAUGCCAACUGCAAAUAAGUUAGUGCUCUGUAUGGCUGAGCUUUGUGAGGACUAACUCAGCUGUUGAAUGUUGAAUGUAUCCUUGCCUUCAAUUUACAUGUGAAGGUUUUUUUGUUUUUAAAUAUAUAUCAUAUUACAACCU